AUGUCUCCCGACAAGCCCUCGCCCGCGGCGGCGAAGCAACGCAUCAUGGGUGAUCUCAAGCAGGUGUCGUCGGAGAAGUGGGUUCGAGUUGAUGCCGACGAGACGAACCUUUUCCGCUGGCAGCUUGCCCUGAUGGUGGUCAACCCCGACAGCGCCUUCAAUGGUGGUUAUCUCAAGGCCGAGAUGAUCUUCCCCCACGACUACCCCUACUCGCCACCCAAGUUCCGUUUCUUGAGGCCCAUCUUCCACCCCAACAUUUAUCCCGACGGGCAGCUCUGUAUCUCUAUCCUCCACAAACCGGGGGAGGAUCUCAUGUCGGGCGAGAGCGCGACCGAGCGAUGGUCUCCUCUGCAAGGGGCAGAGUCCGUUCUGCGAUCUAUUCUGCUCCUCCUCGACGACCCCGAGAUAAACUCCCCAGCCAACGUCGAUGCUGGUGUCAUGUACCGAGACAACCGAAAGGCCUACAACGAGAAAGCUCGCAAGACGGUGGGCGACUCGCAGAAGGACAUACCCGAGGACUUUGUCAUACCGACCACGCUCGAGCCCGAGGCCCCCCCACCAAAGGCCACAGACGAUGAUUGGCUGAAUGAGAGUGAGGAAGAAUUCGACUGGGAGGCGAGUGGCUCAGAUGACGAUAUGGAGGAUGCAGAGGAUGACGAGGAUGAUCUUUAG